GGUUCUACUCUUCUGUGGAUCUUGUCACAUCGAUUCAUCCUGCCGGUAGGUGCUAUAAGCUUAUCAGGGAUGCACAGAAUAGAAUAGUCUUGGUUGCGGAGUUCCGUAGCGCGAAGUACUCUGCCACGAUUCAUUGGAGAAAUCGAAGCAGCUUUUCUUAUGCCUCUUUGACUAACUAGAGACAGAGAGUCGGGCGAACAGUCUAGAGGGUCGCUUGAGUAGACAUAUUUAAUUUGUUUCCACGGCUGAAGCAAAAACGCUAGGUUCUGCGUCAUUUCACACUAGGUUCUGCGUCAUUUCUGGAUAAACAAGUGAGGCCUGCAGAGAGAUCAGCGAAUCAACAGCGGCGCUUUAUAUAAAUGUACCAGGGAGGGAGGCCCCCCCCCUGUGGAUGGAUCUGGGGUGGACCACGCCAGAGGGGUCCAGCCUUGCCAUCUUAUUGGCCAGGCCUGUCGAGGGGCUGCCGGGCGGGAAGGCCUCAAAGCGCCCACUUCUGACCCCU